CGGAGGCGAAGCGGCCGCGGCUCCUCCCUCCGGCGGCAGCUCCGGCUGUGGCUGCGCCGCGCGGGAGAGUUUCGCGACCCGGGUGGGAGAUGCCGCGCGGGUUCCUUCUCCUCGCAGAUUUGCAACCAACAUAAUGCUGAAGCUCCCAACUUGGAACAAGCAUUUCACAGAAUGGCACAAACAGAACCUAAUUUGGACCAUGACGUAUCAUGGUUCCUCCUUCCAUCAUACUGGUCUAAAAUGGUUGUGGCAUUAAUUUCCUUCCUCUGUUUCGCUAACAGCUAUGAUGGAGAUUUUGUGUUUGAUGAUUCUGAAGCCAUCAUCAAUAAUAAGGACCUCAGGGCAGAAACCCCACUUGGUGAUCUGUGGCAUCAUGACUUUUGGGGUAGCAAACUCAGCAGCAAUACCAGUCAUAAGUCGUAUCGACCGCUAACUGUCCUAACUUUCAGAAUUAAUUACCUUUUUGCUGGAGGCUUCUACCCAGUUGGUUUCCAUGUCAUCAAUAUAAUACUGCAUUGUACUAUCUCAGUGUUGAUGGUUGAUGUGUUCUCAAUUUUAUUGGGCGGACUGCAGUUCAGUAAUAAAGGAAGAAGGCUAAACCUGGCUCCAAAGACAUCUCUUCUAGCUGCCUUGCUGUUUGCUGUACAUCCAGUGCACACCGAAUGUGUUGCCGGGAUUGUUGGUAGAGCAGACCUGCUGUGUGCCCUCUUCUUUUUGUUGUCAUUCCUUGGCUACUGUAAAGCAUUUAGAGAAAAUAAGGAAGGACACAAUUUUUCUAUAUUCUGGGUGCUGGUGAGUGUUAUCCUAGGUGCAGUAGCCAUGCUGUGCAAAGAACAAGGAAUUACAAUACUGGGUUUGAAUGCAGUGUUUGAUGCACUGGUGAUUAACAAGCUGAAUAUUUUGGAACUUGUUCAAAAGUUAUUACAUAAGGACAAGUCACUGGAGAAUUCUGGGCUGCUGAGAAAGGGGCUGCUUUUCAGGAUAACUCUUCUGAUGUCUGGAGGGGCCACUAUACUUUAUAUACGCUGGAGGAUUAUGGGUACCGGGCCACCAGCUUUCACUGAAGUAGACAACCCAGCUUCAUUUGCAGACAGUCUGUUUGUGAGAGCUAUAAACUAUAAUUACUACUAUUCGUUGAAUGCAUGGUUGCUGUUGUGUCCCUGGUGGCUGUGUUUUGAUUGGUCAAUGGGCUGCAUACCCCUCAUUAAAUCCGUCAGCGACUGGAGAAUAAUAGCGCUAGCAGCACUUUGGUUCUGCCUAAUUGGUCUGAUAUGCCAAGCUCUGUGCUCAGAAGACAGCCAUAAGAGAAGAAUUCUUACACUGGGACUUGGAUUUCUUAUUAUCCCUUUUCUUCCUGCAAGUAACCUGUUCUUUCGAGUAGGAUUUGUUAUUGCAGAAAGAGUCAUCUACCUCCCCAGUAUUGGAUAUUGUAUUCUGUUUACAUAUGGAUUUAGUCUCUUGAGUAAGCAAGCCAAGAAAAAGAAAAUUCUUGCUGUGGCAGUGCUUGGAAUCUUGUUGAUAAAUGUUAUGCGCUGUGUACUCCGCAGCAGCCAGUGGAGGUCAGAAGAACAGCUUUUCCGGAGUGCACUGUCUGUGUGCCCUCUGAACGCAAAAGUGCACUACAAUGUUGGCAAAAACCUGGCUGAUAAAGGAAAUCAAAGUGCUGCGAUCAAAUACUACAGAGAAGCUGUAAGGCUGAAUCCGAAAUACGUACAUGCUAUGAACAACCUUGGAAAUAUUCUGAAAGAAAGAAAUGAGCUCCAAGAAGCAGAGGAGUUGCUGUCCUUAGCCGUACAAAUACAACCUGAUUUUGCUGCUGCUUGGAUGAAUCUAGGAAUAGUACAGAACAGUUUAAGAAGGUUUGAAGAGGCAGAACAAAGCUACUGGACAGCAAUUAAACACAGGAAAAAGUAUCCAGAUUGUUACUACAAUUUAGGGCGGUUGUAUGCAGAUUUGAAUCGCCAUAUAGAUGCACUGAAUGCAUGGAGGAAUGCUACAGUUCUGAAACCAGAGCACAGUUUGGCUUGGAACAAUAUGAUUAUAUUGCUUGACAACACAGGCAAUCUAGCUCAAGCAGAAGCAGUUGGAAGAGAGGCCCUGGAAUUAAUACCUAAUGAUCAUUCCCUUAUGUUUUCAUUGGCAAAUGUGUUGGGGAAAUCACAAAAAUAUAAGGAAUCUGAAGCUUUGUUCCUCAAGGCAAUUAAAGCCAAUCCAAAUGCUGCCAGUUAUCACGGUAAUUUGGCUGUGCUUUAUCAUCGCUGGGGAAAUCUUGACUUGGCAAAGAAGCACUACGAACUCUCUCUGAAGCUUGAUCCUAUGGCACCCGGGACCAAGGAAAACUACAACCUCUUAAGACGAAAACUGGAGCAAUUGCAAAAGAAAAGCGGUGCCUGAUGUUUCUUUUCAGGUUUUCCGUGCAUGCUGUUUGCGAUUAAUGUUACAUGGGUACUUUUGACCAUGUAAAGGAUUCAGUCUUUAUAUCUCAAAAACAACACCACCACCAGCAAUGCACACUCGAAUGUCCAAUUAAUGCCCUCCUACAGAUCCUAACAUUUCAGCUGCAGUUUGGGGGACCAUUUUAUUUUUACUCUUUAACUGCUUUUAAAGUCCCUUAGAACAUUUUUAUAGGUAUAUGAAAGCAAUGCAGAUGGCAUUUCACAGCUUUCACAUGUAAUUUGAUGUCUUCAUGUGACUUUUUAGUAGCAGGAGGAAGGCAGUCUUAUUUCUGAAAGUGAUUCUAAAAAAAGUGCAAUUUCCUGUUUAAAUCCUGAUCUUUUCAAGUACGAAGAAUAUAUGUCCACUUCAGUCAUAUAAAUGCUUUCUACUGCCAGUCCUGCAGAGCCAUUGGGAGAAUGGAUUCUCUCCAGCACAUCAGUCUACUCUUGUAACUUGAGUUAUGCCCUUGUUUCUGGCUCCACCCUUCAAAGUGUCAGAUUUGUACAGGAGUAAAUGAGGACAAGGAUUUGACCAUAAACAUUUGUCAGCCAGUGUACUGCUGAGGUGUGCUUGAGUGGAGGAAGUACUCUUAGAUGAAGAUGGAGAUUUUAGCAAGCAGCAAAGGGAAAAGAAGUCUGAGGUGACAGAGAAGUCAGCUAGAGUUUCUGUUCUUGCAGGCAGCCUCAUCUAGCAUGGACAGCUCGGGCAACAAGUCAGAAUUGCUUUAGUUCCUGCCACAGGUCAGUGAUCUAAAUAUAGCAUAGCAUCUACAGGAGCCAGUUCCUCUUUUCUCAGGCAUUUCAGUCCUUUCUGGUUAAGGACAUUACACAUUUCAACUUCUGUAUUGUUGGUGAAUAAGGAGAGAAUUCAUGUGAAAGAGUAACCAGGCAGAGCACCUGACCUUGGCUGUUGUUGUAUUAACUGGAAGGAACUCAGAUUCACUUUUUCUCCCAUGUGUUUGCUGAAGUGGCAGUUAAAUAAGCAUAGCUGUUCAUGCAUAAGCUGAUCACGUUGAUGUGAGAGGAUUCAGAUAGUGAUACGGUGUCACUUUUGAAAAUGUGCUAUGUUUUAAUACACGUUUAAACUCUGGCUGUCCAGAGCUGUUUGUCGUGUGCUCGUAUUUACAUUGCUGCUUCAGGAAGUGGUCAUAUGUCUUUUUAUUUGUUGGGGUCUUUUUCUUUAAGAUUGAAAGAUUUCUAGUGGAUAUGAAAACUGAAGAACUGUACCUCUCUUUUCAUAUUUAUCAUUUCCCUCUGUCCCCCCUCAUAGGGAAAAAGGAUCAAUGUGGUAUCUGCAGUUUUCCUAAUUUGUCCAAUGAUUAUUGUACAGAGAUUGUGGUAUGUUCUCCAUACGCAACUCACCUACGUGUGGAACCAUUUCAAGUGUAGAGGGAAUGCCUGCUGUAGGACAAAAUGUUGUGUGACCUUGCCAUCUGAUCAUCAUGUAACCAGUCUACAUCUAUACCAUGUUUUGAACCUAGGCUGCUUUUACAUUAGAAAUUUGCCCGGAAGUGACAGUUGUUCGUGGAAGUUGUUUCAAGAACCAAGUGUGCCUACAGAGCACAUUGCAAUACUGCAGAGCUACCAAAGCAUCCUCUGACAAAGCUAGUUUGGAUACUACAAGUAGUGCAGCUACUAUAAUGAAAUAUAAUUGCCAGGCAAACUAUAGAUCAAGCCAGCAAGGCUGUCCACAAAUUUGGCUUUGAAUGAAUUAAUAUGCCUACAUUACAUGAUAUGUUGCCAUACUGAUUUUAGUUGAGGUACCAGAGGCACGUAUUUGUGCUAGUGCAGUGCUCCUCUCCUGCUAGUGAACCCUGAUUCUCAGCAGGACCUAGGUUGAUGCCUUUGUCUCCAUUUCUUCUGGUUUCUGGACAAAAUUUUCAGAAACUAGUUUCUGAAUAUCUUUGCAGGAUAUAAACAAGUAUCUGUACUGAUCCAGCAGGAUGCUGCACCAGUAGGGCUAAUCAUCUCUUCAUAAGCAGUAUAGUUUAGUCAGUACCAACUUUUGUAUCUAAAACAUUCUGAAAUAGAUACAACGUUCAGUACAAACAGCAGACUUUCAAGGCUUUCCAUACAUAGCCUGUUAUUCAUCAAAUACACAUAACGCUUACCUGCUUCAGUCAUGAGGCAUUAAAGAAUUGGGAUCUGGCCUGAAAAAUAGCAGAAGUCUACAGCAGAAGAUAAAUGUGUUUAAUAUGAUCAGAUCUUUUCUGUAUAUUUGGAAUAUGAGAUACUGAGUUUAAAUUAUUAUUCUCAUCCUGAAGUUUACUUGUAUAUUUUUCCCUAUUGCCUGCCAUAUUAGCUUUACAGAAAUCCAGUAGAUUAAUUUUAUGUAUGGGGUAUGAAUUCUUUCUAGGUUUUUAUGAACCAAAGUUGUUGUAGGAAUUCCUCAGUGGAAGUCAGUUUGUCCUUUAUUCAAGAGUCUUAAAUGCAAGAUACAUGCCAACAGCUUGGAUGUUUUAUAUCACUUGUAUAAUUUUCAGUGCUACAGAAAUUCAGUGUGGUUACUUGUAUGAUGGUAAUAAGGAUACAAUUAUGUCUGAAUCUAAGGUUGAGACAGAAUUGGGUCCAAAAGAAGAAACAAAUAAAACCACUUUUUUAAUAAAGAAAUCCUUAAGACUUUCAAGAAUGUGAAAUAUUUUUUUACUUCAUUUUCAGAAAUAUUUUGAGAGUGAAAAUAAUAGUGAGUUUUAUUAAAAUGGUUGUAAUGUUAACUUUUUGCUUGUGUUUUCAUACCUCAUAACUGACUCCUGGAAUAGUGGAGAACACACAACCUGGAAGAAAGAAAGGUGGAGAAAAACUAGUUUUGUUCAUAACUGUUGUUGCAAACAUUGUCUGUCUUUCCAGUGCGCUGGAUUUAUUCCCCAUGUUGCUUUUCCACCAUUGAUCAUUAAGGAAUAUUAAAGUUUCCUUCUUAUCAGCUACCUUGCUUGAUUCUGUAGUGCAAUUAAAAAAAAUGGAUACAAUUUUUUCAAAGAUUGCUUGUUCAAAUGCAGUUCUGAGGAGAGAACAGAAUGAUUCAACGCACAGGGUGGAGUCAUAAAAAUAUUCACAAUGGCUGCUAUAGAUAAGUCUCUUCACCAAAAACUUCCAAGGGAGUUCCCUAACCGUGCUUCUCUCAUAUUUAGACCAAUGCCAUGUACUUGAAGUUUCCUGUUAUUUAAUACCAUACUUAGGAUUUAACCUUUAGAGAUUGUGGGUUAUGUGUGCGUUUACAAGAAGUGAUUUUACAAAUCACUUGAGUGAUUUGUUAAAGAUAUUGGGCCUAUUCACUGGGAACUUGUUUCCCUGGAAUUUGAGAUACCUGCAUCUGAGAUAUCCAUCCCAGGUUCUCUAUAUAGUCACUGGGGAAAAAAAAAACAACAGGUAAUCUGAAGCAUGAUUUGUCUCCUAAAGAAAGCACGUUCAGAAUGUGAGGUGUCAUGUACUUGAAGCAGGUAUUUCUCUUCAUUAACGCCAAAGAGUAACUAAGGUGAUCAGCUUUGAUUAAUACCUCGAAGAAAAAUCUCACUGCUGCUUCCAGUUGAAGUAAUCUGGUCCCCUACAUCUGUAGCAUUGUCAUACACUAUCUGCACCAAGAAUAUUAAAAGACUGGCAUUAAAGCAAAUUGGCAGGAACUUGCCUUGAGAGUCCAAGAGUUGGAUGAUGAAAUGGGAUGAGAUAAAUUAAGAGAGCUUUCUGCAGAUAGUUAAAUUUAUAUGACUGAUAAAGCCUCUGAAUGUCAAAUCUCUGUGUAUGGAAAUAGAACAUUCUGGUCCAGCUUGAUCCAUUAUUAGCUUGUCUAUGAUCACAAGAAAUGGUAACAGCUUCUACUGAAUUGACUUUUGGUGUCUUUCAAUUUGUUUUAAAAGCAAUCUAAAGCAACUGUAAAUGUGCAAAGGUAAGAUUUUUUUUCUUAAAUUGAAGUUGCUAUUUCAAGCUGUAGCUGUUAGAAUGUUACAUGUGAUAGCAUAGCCCAUUUCUUUACGGAAUGUUACAUGUGAUAGCAUAACCCAUUUCUUUACAGUGAAGUUUUUUUAGUUUAAACAUCUUACUAUUUCUUUGCUGGUUCCUGCUUGUGUUCCACAUUUCAUGUCAGCAUGGGUACAUUUACAUACCUGUUAUUACAUUUAGAUUCCCACACGAUUAUUCUCUUGGCCCAUUCACUGAACACUGCUUCCUUCCACAGCUCUUGGUAUGCCUCUACCAAACUUGUGUUUUAUGCAGGGAUGUUUAACUUGAAAAGACUAGCAGCUGCUAGAAACAAAAGUGAGAUCAGAUGUUUCCGUUUCUGUGAUGUAAAUGCCAAGGGAGCAAAAAUUCUGUCAUGUACCACCCAUAAGCAGUAGGUACCACUAGUGAAGGCCACUUAAGACUGUGAGCCAGGCUCCAUGAUAAUGUGAAGUGGUUGUACACAGGUGUUAUGUUACGAACAAAGCAACUCGGAUCCUGUACUUUAAGGAAAAAGGACCGUACAGCCAUUCUUCAGAAGAGGAUGUGCAUAGCUGCAUGGGCUAUCGAGCACUGGAGGACUGCUAGAUGAACUUUGUACCAGGCUUCACUGCAGUAUCAUGGCAUGGGUGUUCAGUGCAUGUCAGUGAGACAAUACAUGACAAGUGGGUCAAGGCUUUUUAAAAUAAGUAUUUCUGUUAGGAAAAAAUCCCUACAGAUAUUGAAAUUGGUAGCUUGUGAUUGCCAAGUUGAACUGUUUUUUAAUGUAGUGUUAACAAGUUAGAUUGCCAAUGGUACGUUCCAAUUUAUUUUCAGCUGAG